GUUGCUACUUACGCUUAGGCAUAGCGUCUGAACUUGUACAAAUGUUUAUACAUUUUUGUUCCAACGUCUAAAUUGUUAGUAUUGGUGAUUUUUUUUUUAGGUUAUGAAUUGUUACUUUCAACGGAAAAACUUUUAAAACGUGGAUUUAAAGUACUUUACUCAGUUUUUUUUGUUUUUUUACAACAGCCAUGGGGUCAAAGAAACCAACAGUCAACAGAAGCGGGAUGGGGCAAAAUAAAACCAAGAAGGAAAACUAAAAGAAAGGCGUCCCCAAAAGCUGAACAUAUUAAUAUUAUUAAUAGUAGCCUAUACUAUAAUUAAUAAUAUAGAUGGAUAGGUAGAUUAGUUUUGAAUCAAAAUCACUAUUCAACACCAUGGGGGAUGACAUGCAAAUCAAUAUCAUUCUUGCACUUGUAGGUGAACCACAACCAGAGAACAUUAUUGUUAUUGUUACUAUGCAGUGGUGUAGCGAGACAUUGUACAACCAGGGGCAGACUUUGAGUCCCACCCCCUCCAAAAAUCCACAACAAAACACAGGCUAAAAUGCAAUUAGCAGCAGGGCUGAUGAUACCUUCCAUGGUAAAUAGGUCAUGGUCAAGUACUGGCCAUAGUAUCGUUUUUCAAAAGAUUUCAAAAUUUAGCUUUGUAUUUAUUUGAUGUGUUUUUUUUCUCAUUUUUUAAAAAAAAUUUCAUCUUGAAAGAGGGGGAACGGUUUCUUCUUCUAUAUCUUAAGGGCAAACGAUCAAUUUAUUGAUCAUUUUGGCUCCUAUGCAUGUAGACUAGAUGGGAUUUGCAAUGUUUCUGUGCCUGGUGUUGAUGAGGAAAUUUCACUGAUUUCCAGUGCCACUUUGUGAGGGAAUCAUGCACUAGGGGUUUGAAGGCUUGAGGCAAUAGACACAAAUGUGUCUAGUGUUGUUGCCUCAACCGUUACUUUUGAAAGCUUGUUCCAGUCCCUGAUUGUCUUGGGCAGGAAUGAGCAGCUCCUAUAAUGGCUUCUCACUGGUAUGAGCCUGAAUUGCCUGUCAUGGCCUCGUCGCUGUCUAUGGGGGAGAAGGACGAGUUUCUGUUUAAUACUGGAAAAGUGGACCAGCCCAUUAUUUAUCUUGUACAUCAUGGAGAGCCUGGAUUGUCGUCGUCGUUCCUCCUAUGGUGACCAGCCUAGUGUUUCCAGCAUGCUGCCAACACUAGAGGUAUUCCUGUAGUGGUUUAGGAAAAAGCGUGCUGCCCGUGGCUGGACCGCCUCCAACUUGUCAAUGCUCUUCUGGGUAAAUGGGUCCCAGAAUGAAGAUGCAUAAUCAUAAUCUAAAACCGGACGGACAAAGGCUUUACCUCCUUAGAGAAUUAUGUUCAAAUUUCCUGUUAAAUUGCAACCUUAUAUAAAUGAAUAGCAUACAGGUAUUUCUUUUUUAAGUUAACCAAUAAAAAAAUAGCACUUUUAACCAUGCACACAUAUUUUUUCCAGUGUUCAUCUUUGGGUAUCAGCAAGGAUGAAUUUUUCUGUUUAUUAAUUUUGAGCCUUGUAAGUUGAAUUUUAAUAAAAAACCGAAGGAACAUUUGCUUUAAAUUAUUUCAUAUUAACUUAUUUCAUAUUAUCUGUAUCAAUCUUUAGAUUAUGCUUUUGACGUGAAUAAGGCUCAGUGAAAACUGGGAAUUUAUCAUUCUCAUCGUUCAGGUCCAACUGUUGGUCCUGUUACCCUAAGUCCAGUUUUGGGAUUCCCAAAAGUGAUGUCACCGUGGUUAGUGUGAGACAACUAUUGGCAAAACCCAUGCCGCUAACUGCGGGAGGGGUGAGAUAUCAAGAAUGAAAGCUAACAAAGGCUUCUGAACCAAGCCAAAGUGCGGGCAGAAGUCUGGGAGGGGGCUAUUUGAGCCUCAGUCCUGGCAUACUACAAUCACUAUCUAUGGACAAUGUGUCCAUAUCUUGACUGUACCCAGAGUCUUAAACACCUUAAAUUUAAAUAGACCAUGCAUUAUUUACUUGACUAAUAAACACUGGCAUCAAAGAAGAUUUUAAAAUGCUGUAGUUUGCUAAUCUAAAGUCAUAUGAUCACUUUCUGAAAUUACAUUGCCAUUGGGAAUAAAAAGGAGAAAAUAUAUUAGUUUUUACCUCAUUUAAAAAAAGGUAAUUUGCUGAUUGCUGAAAUAAAAUGUUAUGGCCCAAAUUUAGAAUAAUAAGAGUUUUCAGAAUCAUCAAGUUAAAAACUAUCAAUGUCAAACAAACUUACAUAACGGUUGGCUGGUAUCCAGGGAUGAAAAUAUUUUUUAAAAAAUUAAAAAAAAUUGUACAAUUUAUUUCAUAAGUAUUACUGCAAGCAAAUAAAGAAUAAAAAUCAAAGAAAAAUAUACCAAGAUUUUUUAUUUAAUUCUACAUCUCAUUAGCCUUUAAACUUUAAAAAAAAAAAUAAUAAAAUAAGACAUAUAAGGAUUUUAGGGAAUUUCUAGACCUUGUCUGCUUUAUAAAAUUUACUGAGUACUCUGAAAACAUCAUGUAUAAUUUAAUAAACAGUCAUACACCAAUAUGUCAACACAAAGACGCUCCAGCAGACCCACUUCUGCUGCCUCCUAUGCUAGCCGUGUGGGUCAAACUGACAAUGAGCUCAAGCUUGAAUGUCGUGCUGCUUUUUUAGGACAUUAUGAUGACAUUAGAGAAAAGAUUGAAUCCAAAGAGAACUUAAUACUGUGUGAGUUAAUAUUAUUUUUUAGUUCAAUAAAAUUAUAUUUUAAUUCAAAAGUUAAAGUGUGAUUUGUUCUUUGAAAAUAAAUACUAGAACAAGAUAUCUUUAGGCUUGAAAAUAAAAGACAAUUAAGUGUACAUUCUUCAGCAGACAUUAAAAUACAAUAAACAACAAAUCAAUUGUAAUUAAAAAAUAAAACUUUGGUUUAUGAAGAGCUCAAUAAAGUCAAUUAAGCUCAAUGUAUAGAAGUCUGGUAUUUGCAGAGUUAAUUAUCUUGAUAAUUAUUAUUGCAUAUUAUUUUGUAUUGAAGUAUUGCAAGAAACAGGACGCAAUCCAACAGCUAAGACUAUCUCCAAGUACUGGACUUCGAAAAUAGGUGAUAUAAUUCUUUGCUGUUAUUAUCAAAAUGAUUUUUUAAAAAUUAUGGCACAUCACGGUAUACUUCAUUUUGACAUGUUGAUCUUUAAAAUAUAAUGAUAACAUGGAGCUUUAGUUAUGAAUUAAUUUGUACACAUGAAAUUGUAACAUAAAUAAGCAAAACAAUGUUAAAAAAUUUAACAUUUUUAUCCAAAGCGAUUAAAAAAGUUAAAGUUUUACCAUGGCCACUGAUAAUAUGAAAUAAAACUAUAAUUUUUAAAUAAAGCCCUUCUAUUUCAAUGUUCAUUGAAUUCCUGUUCAUAAAUGAAUAUUUAGACAUUUCUCUGAUACCAGUAUCAACAUCAUUUUUAUUCUCACUGUUUAUAGCAAAGUGCUUACACUUGUUAAUUUACUAUUUUCAUUGUCUGUCUUUUCAAGAUAUAAUUCAUUCACAACUUCUCUCUUGAGAUAUUUUAUUUACACAUUAAAUAAAAUAUGAUUUUCAAAACAUUUUUGCAUGUUUUCAGAGAGUAUGACAUUUGAUGAUUUUGUGGAUGUUUGUAGCAGAGAGCCGGUGACCACAGAGGAGGAUUUGAUGAAAGCUUUCCGUAAAAUUGACAUCAAUGGUGAUGGUUACAUUUCUUUAGAUGAACUAUUAAAAAUCAUGACAACAGUAAGUUACAAAUACAUUUGUAUUCUAUACCCAUUAUUGUCAUGUAGUUUCCUUAUGGGCCCAAGGUGUUGGUUGAGGGGGUAGUUAACUAACCCUUGAGCACAGGAACAAAAAAUAAAUGUCACUUUUAUCAAAACAUUUUUUUUUAUAGGAAUGGAUUUUGUAUGAUCCAAAGACAAUUAAUGAAUUAAAAUUAAAUGCUAAUCUUAAUUUUAAAGCAACAGUCAGGUGCUAUUAAGAUUCCCUACAAAGAUAUCAACAGACCUGUUUACCCUCAAACUCUUAAAAUCGUACAAAAUCAUCACAAAAUCUUUCAAUACAUUAUCUUAACAGUAAAAAAACCAUGCAGUAUAUAUAAUGUGUACACCUGAAAAUCAUACAUUGUAUGCCAAAAUCGUAAGAGUAAACAGGUCUGUAUCAAUGUCAUAAAUGGACAUACAGUGGACAUUUAUAUAAUCUUUUCUUAUCAAUAUUUUUUUGGUAAAAACUCCAUAAUGCAUACUGUAAAGUUAUUACUUUAGAAACUCAUUUAUUAAUUUCCUGUAAAUAUUACUAGGAACUAGGAUUGCUUAAGAGCCAUUUUCUGAGCUCUGCCUCACUUUAUCAUAUUGUAUAUUUGUAGGGUAUAUUAUCUUUGGAAACAUUUCUGUGAACAAUGAUGGCAAGUAGCUUGCUGGUGCUAUUUAACCAAUGCUAUAUUAAUAGCAUUAAUUUUUUUGUUUUCUGUUCCAGAGUUCAUUAGAAUAAAUAUUUAAAGUAAAGCUAAGAACUGUAUUCAUAUGUUUUCACACAGAGAGGAGAAAAAAUGUCAAGGGCAGAGGUGAAGGAACUAAUUGAUGAGGUUGAUGAAAACAAGGAUGGAAAGCUGGACUACAAAGAGGUAAAGGUUACUGUCAUAACAUUUGACUUAAUUAAAGCUUUUAAAAUUAGUAAGAAUAAUUUGAUGGGAUUUAAAGUUGUUUGUUCAAAUACAAAUAAUCCUAACGAUGAUAUGUGAAUUAAUUUCUUGCAUCCCAUUUUUUGCCACAAAAAAUGUAAUCUUGGAACUGCUGCUUCUCCUGUUUAGAGGAAUAUAUUUGACUAUGGCAAGGUGAAUUCCUCAUUUAGUUCCGUGUCCCUUAGUCUGUUCAGUAUAAGCCAAAUUUCUGUAUGUAAUUAAUUUUGUGAGAAGAUGUGCCUUGUUCUAAUACUGUUAAAAGGCUUUGCGAUGAAAGCAAUGGACUUGGUGAUUUAUGCUUCACAAGAAAAUGUAUGAACUAUAACAUUUGUUUAAUAGAAAUACGAAGACAAAAAAUCCUAUUAAAUGAAAAAACUUUGGGUCAAGAAUAUUUUUGACCAAUAAAGCAAAGCUUGUUGUAAAGAGUCAUGCAGCUUAUGAAAGAACUACAGUUUAUUGAGACGAGUAAAUGCUGUCAGCAGUCCUGGAACAAAAAAUACCAGCACUACAGUUAUUUAUUGUGCAUUUAUUUACAUGUGUAGUUGUCAUUGUCUGAUGAAUACAAUGCUACAGCACCACUCAUAAUUUCUGUCAUCUUUGUUUAUUCCUCACAUAUGCAAGGAUGCUAGAUUAGGCGAUUUAUUGUGAAUUGAUCUAUGUUCAUAUGGUUUUGACAACAAAAGUUACUUUGAACGUUUUUGUGACUUUCUGGUAAUUUUAAAGUUUUUCUCAUAUUUUUUGUAACUCUACUGCUUCAAAUUUUCAAGCAAACUAAAAAUGAUAGUCAGUAAGGACUUUUUGUUGUAUAAAUAAUCUAUUAUUGUCAUCUUUGAUGUUUUAUAUCAAAGGAGCCCACCAUAUUUCAAGACCAACCCACUAAAUACAUCCCCCAAGAGGUUGAACACAUUUUUUGAAAACAAUUUGUUAUACAUCAUUAACUAUAUUAUAGGAACUUUAGGGUUUCAAUUUUCAUUGACACAUUAAUUUUACAUUUUAAAAUUUUCAUUCAUUGUCAUUAAUUUCAGUCAAAUGGCUCCUUGUAAUGUUGAAUUUUUGUUGGGAAUGUCUAAAGUUAUCUAGAUCAGGAUCCUUGCUAUAUGUGACUUUUUUAAUUUAGUCUAGAACUCUAGAUUGUUGGUUGAUGAUGUUUAUGUUGUUUUGUUCAGUCGAUAUUUUCCCCCUAUUAUUAUCUAUAGCAGAAAUCCAUUUUAUUUCAUAAUUUGAACUAUGUACAGUUUGCUGAUUAGCAUUUUCACUGUCUUGCAUAAGCUUUCACAUUAAGCUAAGAAAUCUCUUCGACCACUUAGCCUUAAUACUUUGAGAAACUUGAUGAAGAAACUAAAAUUAGCAUUGGUUCCAUAUAUUAUGUAACUUCUGCAUUAAUGUUUAAAUAUAAUUCUGAUAUUUCAUAGUAUUAAAAAAUAAAUAACAAUUUGAGGACACUGAAGAUUUGAAUUGCAAUCAUUUAAACUUUAUAUGUAAUUUUACACAUGCAGUACAAACUAGGAAAGUGGAUCAUUAAAUAAAGUCAUUUGAAUUCAUAUUAAUAGUUUAAAUUUUUACAAAUAAAUUGCACAAAAUGAUUUACCAAAUGCUUUAUUACAGACCAAUUUUAAGUAACACCAAAAAAAAACUCAGAUUCCCUGGACUGAAAGCAAUAAGUGAAAUGUAAUCAAAACACAUUAUUUGGAUCAAUAAAAUCAUCUUACCUUAUCAUAUCUUAUUAUAUCUUAUAGUAAACAGAAGUAUGGUACAAUUUUAGCUAUAAUGUAUUUAAAAAUUUUCUGGUGCUUUCUAACUGCCCCCCCCCCCCCUGCCAACUUUUUUUCAAGCUCAAGUGUGUCAUUCUUUUUAAAUUUUUGGUUUCUGACAGUUGAUGCAUCUUUGUAAAUUAUGAAAUGAUUAAUGCCACAAAAUCUUCAAUUUAUUGUGUAAAUGAAAAUUCUCAUCCCAUGCUUAAAAUCUCUUUGUAGUAAGUUAAUAAAACACUAAUUGACUAAUUGAACUGAAAAGAUAAUUUAUUUAGAAAUAAAAUUAAUGGUACUCAUAAUGAGAGCAGUAAAAUUAAUGUCAUAAAUGAUGAGGAUUUUAUUUUUGUUUUCAUUAGUUUGCACAAAUGGUUCUGACCACUACUAAAGAAUACAAGAAACUUGCACUGAAGAGCUUGGAGAAAAAGGAGAAACUCAAGAGGAGAGAUGGAGAUGUCACACCAAGAAGAGGUAACAGUUAAAAAAAAAAUAUAUUGUUGGGCUCUGCGUGGCCAACCUUUGCCAUCGUAUAAAUUUUCAUCAGUUACAUGGUUACUUUUUAAAUUACAGUUCCCUCUGCCAGAUCAGCAUAAACUUGUUUUAAGCAAGUUUCUAGAUCUUUCCUUUCUGUGCUCAAUAUUUAAUUAUAUAUUUUCUUCAUUUUCAUUUUGUACACUAUAUGUAUACAUUUUUUUUCUUAAUUGCAUUGAAAAUCAUCAUUAUCUCCAUUAUUAGCAAUUAGUUUUUUAAUUUAUUUGUCUUAAGAUGAAAGUUGUUGUUACACUAAAGACUUUAUCUAUUUUUAUUUAAAGUAUAUUUGUAUUUGACUUAGACUAGACAUCUAUCAAUAUAUUUUUUAUAGUGAUUUUGCAUAAAUCUUGGCAUUAGAAAAAAAUAAAUAAAAAAGCUUUUUUUCUGAAAUAAUUUAUACAUAAAAAUGAAAAUGUUUUUAAUACUUUAAAUUAUUCAGUAAUUAAUAUUUUUGAUUUAAAAAUGUUUAACUAGUUUACAAAUUUGUGUUUCUGCGAUUAGAUGAAGAUUAUCAUGGUAAAUACUUUCAAAAUUUUUUUUGGUGUUGAAGUUAUGAUUGGAAAUGACAAUCUUUAAACAUGAUCAGUAAUUAUGAUUAUUAAAUAAAAAUGUGAAAAAUUUCUAGAAAUUAUUUUUUUUUUAAAUUUGAAGUUGUUAAUUAGCUGAAGCUAUGAUGGACAAUUUAACAAGAAGACACCAUCAAAUUGAAUUCUAAUUGAUAAUUUUAAAAUCUGUUAAUGUACAAAAUAACGAAAACAUUAUAUCCAUCAGACAUGGAUGAUCUGUCUCUGGGCUCUCAGUUGUCUAUUCAGUCAUCAUCAUCUGACAUGAGACGUAAGACAGGAGUGAAAUGCUUUUAACCCUUUCCCUCCCAAAGCCUCCCAUCACAACAUCCAUAUUAAAAUGUUACAAUAUUUCUUAAUUGAAGCUUUAAUGAUAUUAAAAUAUAUAUUUAAGAGAGUGUAUUCAAAAUACUCAUACAUACAAAAUAAUAAUAACAGUGGCUAAAACAUAUGAAAGUACUUAACUUUUGGGUGAAACUUAUUUUACAAAAAAUUUUAAAGAAAUAUUUUAAUGUAAAAAAAUCAUUAAAUUUUUUAUAAGUAAAUAUAGGUAAAAAGAUAAAUUCAUCCUAAUGGUGCCUUUAAAGAGAAAAAUCUAAAAACAACUCUAGAAGUACACUCACAACAUGUUCCUAUUCUAUUUAUGUUGUUAAUAAAGAUUAUUGACAAUGUUAGUUUGAUACAUGCCUUCCCCAUCUUAAAUUGUCCUUUGGUGCUAGAGCUUUUAUUUAUUUUAAUAUUUAUUCACUAACUAUGCAUGGGGAUAAAGUUAGCUUAUUUUUUUAACAUAAUAUAACCAACCAUAGAGUUCAUUUCAAUAUCUAAUCUGAUCUAUCAUUAAAAGCUAUAUAAGUCACUGCAACAAUAAUUAUUACAAUCUCUUGAAAUGCUAAAUAAAUACUGCAAAUAUUUUGCUUUUUAGAAUUAAAAGAAAAGAUGAGGUGCUUUGCAAUAUACUCUUGUUUUGCAAGAUAAGCUAUUAGUUUUCAAAUGAAGAUAGGUUCUUUGGAAUAAUGAGGUCUUUAUUUUUAUUUUUUUAUUAUACAAAAAAACCCCCAACAAACCCAUUCCAGUUACAGAUUUAUAAUUUUGUCAUUUUUAUGGCUUUUAUUGAUGCUUUGUAAAUAUUUAUUUGCUGAAAAUUUGCAACAAUAUUUACAUUAAGUCCAUACUUGCAAAUUUAAUUUAUGAUAAUGUAUCUUAACAAUAACAUUUGAAUACAAUUAUUACGUGUUGAGUGGACACUUGUAUAUUAAACUGGUUGUAAAAGUGUAGUUAGCGUCAUGGGUUUUUGCCAAGAGUUGUCUCACCUUAAGCGCAGUACACCACUUUGUGGAAUCCCAAAUCUGGACUUAGGGUACAUAGACCAAUACUUGGUUCUGAACGAUGUGCAUGAUAUCUUUCCUGUUCUUCACUGAGCAUUUUUUGCGUAAAUCUUAUGAUUGCUAAAGUUAAUAUGAAGAACAUUAAAAGGAAAAUUUCCAUUUGUUUUAUCAAAAUUCAACUUGCGAGGUUCUAAAAGAAAUUUAAAUAAUAAGAACAUCAUCCUUGCUGCUACCCCAAGACAAACACCAGAAAAAUAUGCGCAAAUCAUUAAAAAAAAUACAGUUUUUUGAUUGGUUGAAAAAAGAAUUACCCAUAUGCUAUUCAGAAUUCAUUUCCAUUAUUAUGUCAUCAUAUCUUGGGACAUAUCAACUUAAUUUUAUGGGAAAGGUAGACCCCUCGCCAAAUCCCCCCCCCCCCCCCCCCUUUUUUUUUUCUCACCUUUUUGAGACAAAAAGGAAAAUGAAAAAAGAAAACCUUUUAAUCACAUAAAUCCAGAGCUAAAAAUCAAAAUCUUUUGAAUAUGGAACUCUGGUUGGUAGUUUACCUGGGGAACCUCCAUGACUUAUAUAGUAUGGAAGACAUUGCUGGUUCUGCCACUAACUGCAUUUUAGCCCAAAAUUGAUUAUUAUAUAGUUUUAAUAUAACAAUUAUCUAUAUGCUUUGCCUACCAAAAUAAUUGUCAUGCUUAAACUUUUAAUCCAGGGGUCUCAAACUCGCAGCCCGCAGGCCAUUUGCAGCCUGCAAGAUGAUAUUUGCGGCCUGCUACUUGACAGCAAUGUUUAGUGUAAAUGCGGCCAGCGUGUUUUCCCCCAUUCUCAUAUCUAUAAUGGGACUUUACGUGAUGGUUUCAGUUGAAUCUCGGCGACUAGUCUAAUUCUGAUUUACAUUAUGUUUGUACCAGUUUUGACGUUAAUUAUAAUGGUAAAACUGUUUUAAAAAAGACUAAAGUCUUUUAUUUUAUAAGCAUUGUAUGAGACAAACAUCGCCAAAAUGUGGUUUUGAGAAAACAUGCUUUAAAUAUUGUAUAUCCAUAUAUCAAAAGUUUAAAAAGUCAGUUAGUGGGUAAUGCAGAGCCAUAAUUGUGUAAAUUGUAGCAAUCUGUCUCAGCAUCAAAGAAUUCCUAUUAAAAUUGUGGCUAGUGUGUACGAGUGACCAGUGAGGGAAAUUCCGAUCCUGUCAGCUUAGGUCACUUUCAAAAUUGUGUGAGUCAAAAAUGCCUUUUCAGCAAUAAAAAAAUCAAAAUUCAUUCUCUGUACAAUAGCAUCUUCCUUUGCAUCAAUAAUUCAUAAAUAUGUCUUGCUCAUGCCUUCUUUUUGAAAAUGUUUCAAUUUUAAAAUCGCCUUUGGGAAUCGCCAUAUUUUUAUUUAAAUUUAUUAUUUUUCGUCUCACCAGAAGCUCAUUAUUUUCAUAGCAUUUCUUAGCUGAAUACUUUACUUUAGAUCACUGGGAAUUUUAUUUUCUAUCUAAGGAUAAAAUGCCAUUAACAAUGUAACGCAAUGCGACUGCCUAGUUCUUGAGAACCCUUGAUGUUUUUAUUUGUUAGUAACAAAGAUUAGGCAGAUUGUAACAGUUGUACUUUAGUGAAUUUGUAAUCGCUUUUUUUGUGGAAUACUUGAUGAGGCCCAGUUUCACUCAGACUUUACCUCAAGCGGCCUCCGGAUAAUUUGAGUUUGAGACCCCUGUUUUAAUCUAAAAACUUUUCUGUUUCUCCAGAAAAAUAAAAAAUAGACAAAAAUAAAUAUUAAGCACAAAAUUUUAUUCAAAGACAUGUAUCAUUGAAAUGCAAUGGUCAUGAAAUUCUAUUGAUUUGGUCUCAGUUUUAUUCUGUUCUAAAAUGUCUAAUACAGAAUGUGUACAGAUUUAAUUAUAUUCUUAAUUUGCAGACUUUUAAGAAAAAAACAAAAACCAAAUAUUUUCAUUUUAAAGAAUCUUUUCUAAUGUUAAAUUUACAAUACAUGUGUUGAAAUUUAACAGUAAUAAAAUUUUCCAUUUAUUUUUACAAUGAUUAUUCUUAAUAUUAAUUUAAAAAUAAUUAUUUAUAUUACAGAGAUUAAUAUUAAAUAAAUGUCUAAUCUCUUUGAUUGAUGUUUAUUGAAAAAAAAUAUAUCAACCUUUUCAAUUGUUUUACAUGUUUGAAACACUUUGAUCAGUGGGCUUAAAAUUGAAUUGCCACUGGAUAUACAUUUGUCUGACCAGUACAUUUAUUGCAGGCUUAAGUCCAGAUUCCAGCCCUGAACCCAGCCCUGAUCGUCGUGUAUCAAAGCAUUCUAUAAAAAAUGGUACAUGUGAUCUGGUUGGGAUUAUGUUUCUGUUAUUAUGUUGCAUAUAAAUUGUGUCCUUCAGAUAUUUGUAAAAUAGUCACAAUGAAAUAAACUUUCACUAAGGCAAAAAAUUGUUAUUCACACAUUAUUUCUUCAGUAAGUUAGAAAGAAUCAAGUCAAAAUUAAAAAUUAUCACAUUAUAGAAAGUCUAAAACAUGUCAGUCAUUAUUAAUUAUUUUAUGAGCUUUUAGGCCUUAUCAAUGAUCCUAUUUUUCUAAAGUUCAUCCAUUUGUGAUUUGAUUUACAAUUUAUAUUCUCUUACAUCUGUCUCUAAAAUUCCUCAAAUAUAUGAAAAAUGUUUUUUUUUUUUUUUAAAAACUUUUAAACUUCGUUAUUGAUCUGUUAAAAAAAAAUUAUUCUUUUACAAAAAAGACAUUACAAUGAAAAGAAAAGUGAAUUAUGUAUUCUUUGCAUGUUUAAGAAAAGCCUAUUUGUUUAUUUAUGUUCCAAUUUUUUUUUUCAGCUAACUCACAAGAAAGAAGAUUAUCUAAGCAAUCGAUUUCAGGAAGUGGUCUUGAUGGUAUUACUUUAUUUUUCAUUACUUUGUUGUUUAGUAGGUCCCCCAUCAUGUCCCCUAGAAUUUAAGUGUUUAAAUAAAUCCUUAGUAUAAAUCUAAAAGCAUUUCAGAGAUACAUUAGCAUAUUGGGUUAUAAGGUUUGAUUUGGGGAUGAAUUUUGAAAAAAGAAGUCAUGUUACAUUUUAUUACACUUUAUCCAACAGUAGCCCGUCGUUUUGGAUCAAUUUUGUAAUAUAUAUAUCUAUAUAUGGAUUCCCAGAUUCUUUAAGAACUUAAUAGUUAAAGAAAUAUUAAGAUAUAUAGAACUUUAUAAUCCAGUGUUCAUCACCCAAUUCACAUAAAUAUGUUUAGUAUGAAUUUAGGCCAUUCUUUAAAGCCUAAUAAUAUAAUAUUGAUAUGUUCAGUUUCUAAAAAUAUUAUUGAUAUUUAAAACCAACCUGUUUCAGAUGUGAUAUCUGUUCGCAGUGAGCGAAGACUUUCUACUCGCAGCCAUUUGACAAAUGGUAUUUAUAUUCUGAUUAUACCAAUUUCCAAAUUGUUCAAUUAUAUUUAAAUAUGUUGUGUUCUAUGAUAAUGACAUUUUUAAUUACUCUUUAAAAGUAUCCUUCACGAUAUAAGCCAUCAUAAGGGGGUAAUUAUAGUUAAAUAAAAUUUACAAAUUGUAUGUUUCACUAUUAACCCAUUCCUCCCUAGCAUAUUCUUUAAUGUAAAACCUCUCUUAUGUCUUAGUAUAGGGCAGUGGUUCUCAACCUUCUUAAUACCGUGACCCCUUAAUGCAGUUCCUCUUGUUGUGGCGACCCCCAACCACAAAAUUAUGUUCGUUGCUACUUCAUAAUGGUAGAUUAUGUGUGCUUGGCGAUGGUCUAAUGCGACCCCUGAGAAAAGGUUAUUCGACCCCCAAAGGGGUCACGACCCACAGAUUGAGAACCGCUGGUAUAGGGUCAUACGAAAUCCAUUUAUACAUGCUUAAAAUAAUAAAGCAAAUAAAUUUGAAUCUAUAUUCUUUUCUCCUAUGUUCUUUUUUAAGUGUAUAUAAUUUUCAAUUUUCGGUACAUACAUCUUUUAGGUGAACAAAACAGACAAGUAAGACAUAAUAAACCCCAAUAAGUAAUAUAUUAAUGUCGACGUUUUAUAUUAAUAUAUUACUGAAAUCUGUAGUUGCAGAUUUGUUUUUAUUGUAUGCUGCAGUUUUGAUGUUAUGGAACUUUUUACCACUACAUUAUUCCAGAUGAUACACUGAAGUCUUCACCUCGACCUGGUAAAGAUGCUAGACCAAAGUCUGCAUCUAAAGGAGGUCGUGAACCAAGUAAUUUACAUGUAAGUAAAACUUCAUAUUAUCAAAUUCCCUUAUGAAAAUACUUUAAUAUAUAAAAUCCAGGAGUUCUUUGUCACAUAAAUAAUUUUUAGUUAGAAAAAUUGUCAUUUUAUUUCUCUCAUUUAUUGCAAAAUAUUAUCUGAGAGAUCAAAUAAAAAACAAGUUUUUUAAAGCACUUUGAAUAUGAAUUCUUUCUAUGAAAUUGUUGUCAAAUUUUCUAAACCACAGGAAUGGACAUCCAUACAUUCCAAAGGCUCUUUCUUUCUUGAUGAGGAGUCAAUUAUCAGCCACUACUAUAAUCUUAAGCUGACAGAGGAUACUGAUGCAUUGAUAACAAUACAACCUCUCAAGAUUGGAGAGUCAGGUCUGUCGUUGAUAUUUUUAUUGCUGCUAGAAAAAUAAUAGUUAUUAAUUAUUUAGCAUGGAUUGGAUAAUAUUGGUUAUUUAUUAAAUAUGGGAUGAUAUAAAUGACUUUAAUGCUGAUAAAAAGCUGUGUUUAAUACUUUCUUUUAUAUUUGGUAUUCAAAUAAAAAAAUUUCUCUUGGAAAACCACCAGAAACCCUUAAAAUUGUGAACCAAAAAAUACAUAGGAUAAAAUGAUGUAUAAAGCUCAGACACACUAGACUAACCCCAUCUACUGACAUUGCAGUUCACUAUACAAAAAUGUAUUGACUACAUUCUGCCAUUCUAGAUGAUACCUGUGUAGCUAUGAACCAUCUCAGUAAUUACUUAUUUUGGUAACAAGAAUUUUUUGGCUGUUGGUUAUAGAUUCAAAUUAUAAGUCAUGGCAAAAUUGUAUUUUCAGCUGCUGAGAAAUAACGUUUCUUUUCUUUUUUAAAGUUAUAGAAGAGUUAUGUUGUUUUGGGUUUGAAUUAAAAAUAAAUGUUUCUCAACCUUAAGUUGGUUAGUCCUUACCAAUGAAUUUAUUCCAUAGGAGUAUCCCUGGAUGGCACUGUGGUUGAUACAGCUUUGUUCAUACUCAACAAAGAAAACAAUUCUUUUGUGGCAUUUACUGAUUCCAAAGACAGCAAAGGGGUAAAAUAUUUGAUGACUUCAUGUAUAGAUGAUGUGUUAAAUUUAAGCCAGAUGAUGAAAUGCAUUAUAAGUACUGUAAUAAAUGAAAGCUUUAAUAUUAGAUUAUAUAUGAUGUCUUAGAUGAUAGAGGAUGUAGUAAAUCAAGUUUUGAAACAUUGUACUAAGCUUCUACAAUUUUGUCAAGUAUGAAGAGAUUCUGUAAAAACAAAAAAAAAAUUGUCUCCAAGAACCAAACAAGGUCAUCCGCCUAAAAAUAGCUUAUUAUUAUUAUUAUUAUAAAUGUUUAGCUUUCAUUGAAACUAGCUUUUUGUUUUUUGGAAAUAAUUCCCUCAAAUCUUUAAAAAGAAAAAAAAACAAACAAACUACUCUUUUUCUGUCACAAGUUAAUUUUUGUCCCUUACUUGCAGAAAUACAGUGUGCACACAAGCUUAUCCAAGGGCAGUUAUCUGUUGAUCCCAUUCACCACAGGAUGUAGACUCAAGUCAAAGACGCAAACUGGAAUCAAGGAAGCCAAACUGAUCACCAAAGAUAAAGAUGACAAAAUUGUACUCACCAGAGCUUUUAAGUAAAUACUUUUUCUAGUGAACCUGCCAAAUGUUCAUUGGAAUAUGUCUAUCCAGUCCAUUGUUAUAGAAAAUACAUUUUCCUUUUAAAAAAAAUCAAUCAAAUCUUAAUAAAACUGUGCCGGAGUUAGGAGAAAUAAUUGAGCUUAAAGAUAAACAGGUCAAAGAAAAAAAAAUAAUGACUUAAGUUACAAUACUUUAACCAUUGGUAAUGAAUCAUAAGUACCGUAUCAAAUACACUUUUGCACAUAGUUUUAAAAAAAAACUACUGUCUUCGGUUUUAAUGCUCAUUGUAGAAUGUCUGAAAAUAAAAAGACUUUGUAACCUCAUCAUUCAAAUUAUUUUUACCAGUGAUUUAUUAAGAUCCCUAAAUUGGAGUCAGAGUUUUUAAUUCUUGUUUCUAGCUGGGAAGUUUUUCUUACAUGUAAACUCAGAACUAAGAUCUAGAUGUGAAACAUUCUUAUUUAAAUUCAUAGACAUUGGAGGAUAUUUUUGAAAUGGCUUGCUUACAAGUACAAGUAAACUCAGACAUUUAAAACUAAGACUAAGAGCUAGAUGUGAAACAUGCUUAUUUGUAUUCACAGGAAGGCAUUGGAGGAUAUUUUUGAAAUGGCUGACCUUGAUGGUAAUGGCCUACUGAGCAGAGAGGAAUUUAAUUGGUACAAUUUGCGCACCAGUGGAGAGGAAGUGGCUGAUGAAGAGUGGCAAGUUGUGGAAGGUGAGUUAUCUUUGCUGUAAAUCCAUAACUUCAAUUAAAUCAGACAACAAGUUGUCCUAGUAAAAAAAGAUUGUUUCUUUAAGGAGGUUACACAGUUGGCAAAAAUGUAUAAUUUCUGAAACACUCAAUUCAGCCAAAACUGUUGCCGUAUAAUUUUUUUUUACCUCUCCAGAUAACAUCGAACUGGAAAGAGGGGAGAUAACUCGACCUGGCUUCAUCAAGCUCAAUGAGAUGGAAGCUGAUGAUAAUGAUGGGGACACUGAUGACCUUUGGAUAACAUUGACAACAAUGGGUUUCACCAAAUCCCUCCUUCUAGAUGAGGUUAACUUCCAUCUGGUUUUAUUCUAAAAAUAUUUAGUCUCGUGUGUCUCAUUAUUUGACCAUUUGAAACUUUGUAAUCCAUUUUAAUUGUAUUGGGUGCCAACUGGUUUUGUUCUUCGAUCAAUAAUGAGCUACAUUAAGCAUAUGUAACUAUUCAAUAAAUAUAUGGUUGACAAUUUAUUGAAAUGUUACGUUAUGGAAUUUCUAAAUGCUUCGAGAAUAUUAACACAUUCUUGUGAGAGAAGUGUGGCAAUAUGGGACUUCUUGGUGCUGCAAGCAUAAAAAAAUGUUCAUGACCACUGAUCUUGGCUUAGCACUAACCAAUCACAAGAGGCAUAGCCAAACAAUUUUUUGUUAGAAAAGUGAGGUUGAUUCCCAAUUUUUUUGUUUCAGGCUUGUCCUUUCCUUCUGAAAGUUUACACACAGGACUGUGACGAUCCAAAGCUGAAGGUUUUAGGGCUUGAGUCACACCAAGAGAAGAUUGAAAAAGUUGUUUGUGAUUUUGCUAUGGCUAAGGUAUACAUUUUUCUAAUUAAAACCGUUUUUUGUUUUAUAUUUAAUUUAAAGUUAAAAAAUUGUAAGAAUCUCCUCACUCACUAUUUUAUUGUAAUGUUUUUAUCAUUUAUAACUAAAAUUCACGGAGAUCAAAUCUGAAUUGAACUUUUUGUAUUUAAAAUGUUUAAACGUGCCGGUCAGUUCAUAUUGUCACUUGUAAUGCUUCAAAGAAAAAAAAAGAAAGAAAAGUGGGACACCAAUUUAUUUAAAAUCCAAGCUUAAAAUACAUGUUUCUCCUUGACAGGGGGAAGCUACCAAAGUUAAGGGAAUGAAAGAUCUAACCAUGUACCAGUACACGAAUGACCACAGGGCUAUAAUAGUCAUAGACAACAAGGUAAGACAAUGCUUCUAACAUUGCAAAAUUUAUUUCUUGAAUAUUGAAUAAAAAAGUGUGUCAAUUUGAUAAUCAGAAAGAUUAAAAUUUAUUUGGAACUAAAUUGAAAGCUCUCAGUUGAUGGUAAUUUAAGUCCCAUUAAAAGAAAAAAAGGAGCCGCCAGUUGUUAAGGACAUGUUCAUGUUUUUCUAACUAAAGACCUCCUCCCUCCCCCUCCCCCCCAUGCUAUUUUAAAAAAAACAUUCAAAAUAGACGAACUAUCAUAUUCGGGGGGGGGGGGGGGGGAGUGGUGGAAAAAAAAUAGGUUAAUAAUAUUUUUUUUGGGGGGGGGGGGGGUGAAAAUUUUAAAGUUAUUUCAAUUGAUUCACAAAUUGUUGAUGUUAUAUUUCCAGAUUUUAUUCAUCUGAUGCUCAACCUUUCUUUUAAAAAAAAAAUAAAUAUAAAUCUGCAGACUCUAUUCAUAGGAACUGGAUUAUAAUUACUCAUGGAAUUUAAUGUUGUAAAGUGUAAACCUUCAGGUUAAGUUUUGGGAGCUAACAUGAUAUUUUGUUACUAUAUCAGUAGGGAAUUAGUUUUGCUACUUGACUUUAUGAAUACACUUUCUUAAAAGUUAGCAGUGUCUCUAAACAUAAAACUAUUCAGUUUGUAACUUGGGGCCAUCCAUUUGUCUCAGUGGGGGGAUGGGUCACGAAUUAGUGAUGAUGUGCGAUACAAGUGUCUAAUUUGUGUUUCAAUUUUGUGAAGAAUGGGGUGGGGUGGGAUCGGGUGGGGAUGGGAUGUGAUGGAGGUGGAGUGGGGGUGAGGUGGGGAUAAAAAAGGUGGGUCAAAUGAGUGUGAUGUCAUGCAUGGAUGACCCUUAAGAUGACUUGACAAUGUUAAAAGUCAAUAUCAAUGUGCAAAAUCACUGGGUCAUACAAUCUAAACCUAUGACAGACAAUUUCUUAAUAAAUGAACUCCAGCAAAUGAAUGCUUAUCUGAUGAAUUUCUUUUAACAAAUGCAAAUUUAUUUUCAGUCCAAGUCUAAGGUGAAAAUGUCUCUUGACUGCAGCAAACGUCGUGGUUUAGUCAGCCACACUGGAUCACUUGUAGCAACAGUGACAGUACCACCCCAAACAGCUGUGGUAAGUCUAUAAAAUCUCUUUUAAAUAAAAAUAAUAAUAUUUAAUCAUCUUUAGUUGGAGCAAAUUCAUAAGUUAUGGUCAAUAGUUAAUUUUUUUUCUUUCUAUUAAUUCAUACAUUAUUAUAUAUUAUAAUUUUAUUUUAUUUUUCUGCUAGAUCUAUCUACGCCCAAAGAUUAUAUAUAUAUUUUUGCUGAUGACUGAGGUAUCCUGAUAAAAAGUAGAAGUAUGGUUGAUAGAAUUUAACCAGUCAACUUGAUUUGCUUAUGUUGUACUAUUUUCCUAGGUGGGUCAUCAUAUUCUGCCCCUUGAUGAUGGUGGAGAAUUCAGUGUUGUCUGUGAAGAAAGCAUGCUCAAGUAGUAUCCAGUGAGACAUUGACUCAUUUCACUGAUAUAGGAAUAUAUGAACUACUAUAAAGCUUACUGCCAUGAUUUAUUUUUAGAUCAUGCCUAAUAAUGUAUUUAUAUUUAUGACUUACAUCUUGCUCAAAGAUAAUUUUUGAUGUCACUUUUAAACAAAUCCAAGUAAAAUAACUUACAAAAAUAUUCUUAAAUCCGUCCAUAAUAAGAAAUUGAAAAUAUUACCAACCUUGUUUGAGAUGAGAAUAAUAAAUCAAAGUUUCUUAACAGGAUAUUAGCCCACUGUCACUUUUAAGGCAUUUGAAAUUAAUUGAUAUUUAUCAUAUUCAAAUUAUAAUAAGUUUGAAAAAAAAAAUUAAUUAAAUUUGAUGUUUAAUGUCAUUUACAUCUUUUUUUAGUUAGAUUUAGUGUAACAUCAUUUUUGUUUUUAUAGAGAUUUUUCUCAUAUGUCACAUUUGUAGUUUAUUGUGUUGUUGUGAAAGGUUGUAUUUUAUUAGUUUCUAUAAACAUUUCCCAAAGUUAAAAAAAAAAAAUUGAAAAUUGUUCAUUAAGAAACUCUACACUCCCCAACUACAGUUUUCUUUUACAUGAAAAAAUGAAAACAUGGACUUAAAUUUAUUAGAUUAUGAAGAACUCUUGGGAGCUUCAUAACACAGGAUUGAAUGUUUCUCUGUGUGAUUUCUGUUUUAUUGUAACAUAUUUUAGAGUUUUAUUUACUGAAAUGUUUUAACUAUCUGUGAUAUCUAUCAUUUUGCUCACAUUUUAAAACAGGUUUUAAGCCCAGUAUCCACAUUCAAAAAGAUUUUACAAGUUUUUAAUUUGUGUGAAAACCUUUAAAAAAAACAAAACAACAGUAAUAAUUAUACAAUAUUGAAGAAAUUCCUAUUUUUUGUAUUUGUCAAA